CACUCCUCCUCCAACGUGUCGCUCAUGCCGACGGACGUGUCACUACUUCUGCUUCCCCUUUCCUCGCUCGUAUAAACCACUUUCUCUCUCCUCUCUUUCUCUGUCUCUCCGUGUCUCUCAGAGAAGUUUCUGUCUUCCGCCUGUUGAAUGUCGCAGAACCAAUAUAUGAUAUAGGAAAAUAUUUGACUUCCUACCUUUAUGGAAUUGGUGGCAUCUAGUUGGAUGGGAAUGCACUAGAAUUGGUUUAUAAUGGUGGAUCUGAUGGUGCUGUUCCUUGAAUUAGUGGCUACCAUAAUAGUCUUGGUGACGAAGCCUUUCUCACUGGUUAAACUAUCUUGCUUGUUUGGUUUGAGAAGUUUUUUCCUUGUUGUUCACACCUGGGUAGAGCUGGUGAGAGCUGCUAUCUGCUUACAUGUAUACAUACUUUGGAAAUUCCUGAUAUGGACCGUUGCUAUACUAUCGCUUCCUGUGCGAGUUUUGACUUCAUUGCAGAGGGAGAGGCUGCUGGAAAUGCAUCUGCAUGAGAUCCAGAUUGAGUUGGAGAAUCUUGUCUGCGAUAGGAAGGAACUCGAAGAACGUCUUCAGAUGGCCAUUAAAGAACAUAGAAUGAUGGAGAUCAUGUUAGCAGAACUUGAAGAGGAACAUGAUCAGGCUAUUAUCAAAAUUGAACUGUUAGAGGGUGAGUUGCAGGAUGUGAAGGAUGAAAAUCUAAGGCUGAAAGAGGUUCAUGGCAAAGGACUUUGGAGUUUCAGAGAUCAAGAUGACACGGGCAAUGACCACAACACUAAUGUUGCUGACAAGUAUGACAUUUCAUAUGGGGUCCCAUCAUGGAGAUCCAUUUAUGAUAGAAGUGGUAUUAUCCUCCAAGAUCUCCUCGUGCACAGUGAUGCUUGGGAGAAUGAGAGGAAAAGUAAAACUGAUUUGCCUGAUUUUGUGAGGACAGGAUCUGAAGCAAGUGAGCCCAUCCACUCACUUAGACAUGGUACUAUCUCUAGAAAAUUAGAUUUGAAUGAAGUUCUUGACCAUAGAAGGGAGGUUGCACUUUCACAGAGCCUUUUUAGCGCGGUAUUAUCACUUUUGGUUGGAAUGAUUAUCUGGGAAGCUGAAGACCCUUGCAUGCCUCUUGUGGUAGCACUCUUUACUGUGGUUGGCAUUUCGUUGAAGAGUGUGGUACAGUUCUUCUACACCAUUAAGAAUAAACCUGCAUCUGAUGCUGUCGCUCUCUUAAGCUUCAACUGGUUUAUACUUGGCACACUCACAUACCCUACUCUGCCGAGAGUUGCUCAUGUGCUGACUCCACUGGCCUUAAGGUUUUUAGAACGGACAGUUUGCUGGCUUGGUUUUUCUUUCUAAAGUUACUUGGCUCUUGGAGUUAUCAUAUAGUGUCAUGUAUCAUAGACCUUGGAUUGUGAAGUUUGUUUAUUUUCUUGAAUCUUCUUUGCAGCUUGUAAAGGUCAACUGAACUAUUUUUGUUCUCUCUAUGUAAUUCUGAGGUUUUUUUUUUUUGUUUUUUUAAAAUCUGAAUAGGGAAGAUACACAAUUGGGAAACAUCUUGUAAACUAUAGUAAAUUCUCUCAGAUUGUACUAUGGCUAUCUUUAUUAGUACUUUUGCAGUACAAAAAUUGGUUAUUACUUCGGAAUUAUGCAGGUUACUUCAGUGUGUCAGUAUACUUGAAGUGGUC